AAAUUGUGAUAGCGACAGAUGUCUUGCAAACAGUAAGUUUAAGAGGAGGGGUACUUUUAAAAAAAACACUCAGUCGGUCUAAGAUUGCACCUCGGUGAGUGAGCAGGAUUCGCUGCAGCUGUCAGUCGCGAGCUUGCUCUUAGCUCAGUUCGUGCUCAGCCUUGCAGGGGAGAAGAUCAGACCACCUACUCUCCCAACCGCUCGGGUUUGAAGGUUUAAUCUCAGCAGCAAACCAGGAAACGCCAUGGGAGGCAAGCUGAGCAAGAGAAAGAAGGGGUACGAUGUCAGCGACCCUAAGGCCGCCAAGGCCACCGCCGGCCCUGAGCCCGUGGAGGUGAAAACUCCCGCUCCCGCCGCCGCCGUCGCCGCCGAGACCGCGGAGGAGGCCGUCGUGGCCGCAGAAGCGGCGCCGGCCGCGGUGGACCAGGCGCCGAAAGAAGAGGCGGCGCCACCGCCUGCUGCCGAAGAGCCCGCCCCAGAAGCGGAAAAGCCAGCGCAGGCUGAAGAGCAGGCCCCGUCAGAAGAGCCGGCUCCAGCAGUGGAGCAGGCGGUAGCCGUAGAAGAGCCGGCAGCAGCCGUAGAAGAGCCAGCCCCCGCAGUAGAAGAGCCAGCUCCUGUCACAGAAGAGCCAGCCCCCGCAGUAGAACAGCCAGCCCCCGCAGUAGAAGAGCCGGUGGCAGCAGUAGAAGAGCCAGCUCCUGCAGUAGAAGAGCCAGCUCCCGCCACGGAAGAGCCAGCUUCCGCAGUAGAAGAGCCAGCUCCCGCAGUAGAAGAGCCAGCUCCCGCAGUAGAAGAGCCGGCGGCAGCAGUAGAAGAGCCGGCGGCAGCAGUAGAAGAGCCAGCACCAGCCGCAGAAGAGCCCGCACCAACAGUAGAGGAGACGGCAGCACAGGAGGUCGUCCAGGAGGUGAUCAGUGCCGAGGCCCCAGUGGAGGUCCCUGCAGCCACAGAAGAAACUACAGACAAAGAGCCCGCUGUGGAAGAGCCCACACCUGAGCCCGAACCCGAGGCCGUCGCACUGCUAGCGGACGAGCCGGAGCCUGAGGCGAAGGCGGAGGACGAAGCCCCAGAGCCCGUCCAGGAGGAAGCCCCUCCCCCUCCCCCUCCCGCAGUCCCAGAGGAGCCUGCGCCGCUCAGCCUAAUCGAGGCGGAGAGCGCCCCUGAGCCCGCUCCAGAACCCGAGCCUGCGGUCGCCCAGCUCGAGGCCGAGCCGGAGGCGGAGCCCGAGCCCGCGGCGCCGGAUACCGCCGGCCCGGAGGGCGACGCGGCCGCGGCGGCUCCCAGCCUACUGGAGGAGGUCGCGGAGCUGGUCCAGGCCGUGGUGCCGGGGAUCCUGCUCAGCUCCGCGGCCCCGGAGGAAGACGCGCCCGCUGAGCCAAUCCCAGACAUCGUCAUCUCCGAGUCGGUCUCCGCUAACGAGUUCCCCGCAGAGCAAGCGGCGGAGGAGGCGGUCUCCGAAGCGUGCAAACAGGAACCCGCCGCCCCAUCCCCCUCCCCCGCCCCAGAGGAGGCGGCUCCGGAGGCAGAGUCCCCGGCCAAUCAGGAGGCGGCGGCGGCGGACGACGGCGGAGCCGCGAGCAAGGAGGCGGCGCGGGCAGAGAACGGAGAGGGCGGAAUCGCUGACUCCGCAGGAGGGCAGCCGGAGCCGGAGCAGAACGGGGAGGCUCUGGACCUCCUCCCCGACCCAGUUCCGGAGGAACCCACAGAACUGCAGCAAGACGAAUGUGUGAACGGCCUGCCCGAGGAACCGCCCAAAGACCAGCGCGACUGUGAAUUAAAAAAGGACUUGAAUCCGAUAGUCAACAUGGAGGUGCCCGACGCCAUUGCCGAGAUGGCAGACGUCAUAAGUGCUGCUUCAAGUCAGGUGGUUGACUUAAUGUGAAAAACUAACAUAUAUAUAUAUAUAUAUACAUUCAAUAAUGAUUCAAAUAUUUUAACGUACUCAGGCUCUCCUGAAAAUGAAUAUUGACAUGCCUGUGCUGACGACUCAGGCAAAUGAAUCUCCGGUUAACCAAAAAAAAAAAAAACAACGCAACAACUCAAGUGAAGAGCGACAAUAAACUGGGAAAUCCACGUCUUUGUACCACAAACUCUUUCUCUGACAGGGGCAGCCAGGUGUUUGUAAUGUCUGAAGUCAAAAGGCCAGGUAACGCUGAGAUGAUGUCCAAACGGCAUAAAAAUAAAAUAAAAAAAACAACAGAAUUCAAGGAAAAUGAACUGGACAGCAGAACAAAAAAAACUGGACAAUAACAUUGGAAAUGACAUAUGGAAUGAAUAGUCUUGUCUUUGUGUUUCGGCCUGAUGAGUAUUAAAAUGGUUAUUGGAUUAGCAUUUACUAGCAUAUAAUCUAAUUUAGACUUUCGCAUAUCCUUCCCUUAACUCUGGAAAAGAAAAGAGAAAUUUGAGAAACUUUUUAACGUUGUCAGAAUGGGGAGAGAAACCGCAGGGGGAAUGUUCAUUUUAACUUGAUGACUUGGCUAAGAAAAUAAAACAAAAAAAAAGGAUUGUUAUAUCACA